AGAGUCCUUCGGGCUGGAUCUGGCUGCUAGAUGUGUUUUGACCAGCCGGCACCGAAGUUUUUCCUUUAAUUUUUAUUAACACGUAAUUCCUCAUAAAAAUCUGGAUGCCAGGUUUCCCUUGAAAAACAGGAAGUUCUGCCAAUGUCAAGCUGGCGUUCUUCAUGAAUUUUUCGCUGAGUAGCCUCUGUCCCCUUUAGCCAAGGCCCGUGCCUUCCAGCUCUCAGCCCCACCACCUAGGAGUCCCCCCUGGUCCCCUACCCUGCUGUCCUGGCCCCAGCAUUUGAAUGCAUCCAGCCCUCCCCCAUCACACUGUGAGGAAAAAUGUGCUCAACACCUGUGUAAAGUCCGAAUCGGCCCAGGCAGGCUCUGAAUGCUAGCUGACUUUCUGGAACUAUCAGCUCUAGGCCCCGAUGGGCCCAUGGUGGGAGCCUGGUGUUUGCAGCCAGGAAGCGGAAGGAGGCGGUAGGUCUCUGGCUGCCUCCCCCCCUUCCCAGGUCUAUAUCACGGUGCUGGACGAGAACGACAAUAGUCCCCGCUUUGACUUCACCUCCGACUCGGCCGUCAGCGUGCCUGAGGACUGCCCUGUGGGCCAGCGGGUGGCCACCGUCAAGGCCCGGGACCCCGACGCCGGCAGCAAUGGGCAGGUGGUCUUCUUUCUGGCCUCUGGCAACAUCGCUGGGGACUUUGAUAUCAUCACCACCAACGACUCCAUUGGCGAAGUGUUUGUGGCCAGGCCUCUGGACAGAGAAGAGCUAGACCACUACAUCCUCAAGGUUGUAGCAUCCGACCGUGGCACCCCUCCACGGAAGAAGGACCACAUCCUGCAGGUGACCCUCCUGGAUGUCAAUGACAACCCUCCAGUGAUCGAGAGCCCUUUUGGGUACAAUGUCAGCGUGAACGAGAACGUGGGUGGGGGUACUGUUGUGGUCCAGGUGAGAGCCACCGACCGUGACAUCGGGAUCAACAGCGUCCUGUCCUACUAUAUCACUGAGGGCAAUGAGGACAUGACCUUCCGCAUGGACCGGAUCAGUGGCGAGAUUGCCACACGGCCUGCCCCGCCCGACCGUGAGCGCCAGAGUUUCUACCACCUGGUGGUGACCGUGGAGGAUGAAGGCACCCCCACCCUGUCCGCCACCACUCACGUGUACGUGACCAUCGUGGACGAGAACGAUAAUGCACCAGUGUUCCAGCAGCCCCACUACGAGAUCUUACUGGAUGAGGGCCCAGACACAAUCAACACUAGCCUCCUCACCAUCCAGGCGCUAGACCUGGACGAAGGGCCCAAUGGCACAGUAAACUAUGCCAUUGUUGCAGGCAAUAUCAUCAACACCUUCCGUAUCGACAGACACACGGGUGUCAUCACUGCUGCCAAGGAACUGGACUAUGAGAUUAGCCAUGGCCACUACACUCUGAUCGUCACUGCCACGGACCAGUGCCCGAUCUUGUCUCAGCGCCUCACCUCUACCACCACGGCACUUGUGAACGUGAAUGACAUCAAUGACAAUGUGCCCACCUUUCCCCGAGACUACGAGGGGCCGUUUGAUGUCACCGAGGGCCAGCCGGGGCCCCGAGUGUGGACCUUCCUGGCCCACGACCAGGACUCAGGCCCCAACGGGCAGGUGGAAUACAGCAUCGUGGAUGGAGACCCUCUGGGGGAAUUUGUGAUCUCUCCUGUGGAGGGGGUACUGCGGGUCCGGAAGGAUGUGGAGCUGGACCGGGAGACCAUUGCCUUUUACAACCUGACCAUCUGUGCCCGCGACAGGGGGGUGCCUCCUCUCAGCUCCACGAUGCUGGUGGGGAUUCGGGUGCUGGACAUCAAUGACAAUGACCCUGUGCUGCUGAACCUGCCCAUGAACAUCACCAUCAGUGAGAAUAGCCCCGUCUCCAGCUUCGUUGCCCGUGUCCUGGCCAGUGACGCCGACACUGGCUGCAACGCGCUCCUCACCUUCAACAUCACCGCAGGCAACCGAGAGCGGGCCUUCUCCAUCAACGCCACGACAGGGGUCAUCACCGUGAACCGGCCACUGGACCGCGAGCGGGUCCCAGAGUACAAGCUGACCAUUUCCGUGAAGGACAACCCGGAGAACCCACGCAUAGCCAGGAGGGAUUUUGACUUGCUGCUGAUCUUUCUGGCAGACGAGAAUGACAACCAUCCCCUCUUUACUGAGAGCACCUACCAGGCAGAGGUGAUGGAGAACGCUCCCGCUGGGACCCCCCUCACGGUGCUCAACGGGCCCAUCCUGGCCCUGGACGCAGACCUGGACGUCUAUGCCGUGGUGACCUACAAGCUGCUGGGCUCCCAGAGUGGUCUCUUCGACAUCGACCACCACUCCGGCGUGGUGACAGUGAGGUUCGGUGUCAUCAUUGACCGGGAGGCCUUCUCACCCCCGGUCCUGGAGCUGCUACUGCUGGCUGAGGAUAUUGGACUCCUCAAUGGCACAGCCGACCUGCUGGUCACCGUCCUGGAUGACAAUGACAACUGGCCCACCUUCAGCCCUCCCACCCUCACAGUCCACCUGCUAGAAAACUGCCCACCAGGAUUCUCAGUCCUUCAGGUCACAGCCACGGACAAGGACAGUGGCCUCAAUGGGGAGCUGAUCUACCGAAUAGAAGCGGGGGCUCAGGACCGCUUCCUCAUCCACCCAGUCACUGGGGUCAUCCGUGUCGCCAAUGUCACCAUCGACAGGGAGGAGCAGGAAUCCUACAGGCUGACAGUGGUGGCCACCGACAGGGGCACCAUCCCUCUCUCCGGCACGGCCAUCAUCACUAUCCUUAUCGACGACAUCAAUGACUCCCGCCCGGAGUUCCUCAACCCCAUCCAGACGGUGAGCGUGCUGGAGUCAGCUGAGCCAGGCACGGUCAUUGCCAACGUCACUGCCGUUGACCGCGACCUCAACCCAAAGCUGGAAUACCACAUCAUCGGCAUCGUGGCCAAGGACGACACUGACCGCCUGGUGCCCGACCAGGAGGAUGCCUUUGCUGUGAAUAUCAACACAGGGAGUUAG